AUGGCCAAGACUUUUUUGUUUACCAGUGAGUCCGUGGGUGAGGGUCACCCAGACAAGAUCUGUGACCAAGUUUCGGACGCGAUCCUUGACGCGUGCCUGCGUGAGGACCCUCUGUCCAAGGUGGCGUGUGAGACCGCGGCCAAGACCGGUAUGAUCAUGGUGUUCGGUGAGAUCACCACCAAGGCGCAGCUGGACUACCAGAAGAUUGUCAGAGACACCAUCAAGCAGAUCGGGUACGACUCGUCCGACAAGGGCUUCGACUACAAGACCUGUAACGUGCUGGUCGCCAUCGAGCAGCAGUCUCCAGACAUCGCGCAGGGUCUGCACUACGAGCAGGCUCUUGAGGACUUGGGUGCCGGUGACCAGGGUAUCAUGUUCGGGUACGCCACCGACGAGACCCCAGAGCUGAUGCCAUUGACCAUCAUGCUGGCCCACAAGCUCAACAUCGCCAUGGCUGACGCCCGUAGAGACGGAUCCCUGCCAUGGGUCAGACCUGACACCAAGACCCAGGUCACCGUCGAGUACAAGCAGGAGGAGGGCCGCUGGAUUCCUCUGAGAAUCGACACCGUUGUCGUCUCUCUGCAGCACGCUGACGAGAUCAGCACCGAGGACUUGAGAUCCGAGAUCCAGAAGAAGGUCGUCGAGAAGGUCUGCCCUGCCGACAUGUUGGACGAGAACACCAAGUACUACAUCCAGCCAUCCGGCAGAUUCGUCAUCGGUGGUCCUCAGGGUGACGCCGGUUUGACCGGUAGAAAGAUCAUUGUCGACGCCUACGGUGGUGCCUCCGCUGUCGGUGGUGGUGCCUUCUCCGGUAAGGACUACUCCAAGGUUGACCGUUCCGCCGCCUACGCUGCCAGAUGGGUUGCCAAGUCCUUGGUCAACGCCGGCAUCUGUAAGAGAGUUCAGGUUCAAUUCUCCUACGCCAUCGGUAUCGCCGAGCCUCUAUCUCUGCACGUCGACACCUACGGUACUUCUUCAAAGUCCGACGAGGAGGUCAUUGAGAUCAUCAAAAGGAACUUUGACCUGAGACCUGGUGUCCUGGUCAGAGAGCUCGACUUGGCUAGACCUAUCUACUUGCCAACUGCCUCCUACGGUCACUUCACCAACCAAGAGUACCCAUGGGAAAAGCCAAAGGAGUUGAAGUUGUAA